AUGUGGGUCGAGAUACUGUGCGGCCUGGUGGCCUACAAGCUCAUCCGCGCCGUCUUCUUCUCCGACGACGGCCUCGACCAGCUCGCCGGCCUCGACUCCUCCCACUCCGAUCUCUGCUUCGCCGUCGCAGCCAGGCUCGAGAGGCUCUACGGCGGCCGCUGCUUCGUCGGCCUCCGCAUCCCUGACCCCGACGCCGGCGAGCGCCAGCAUGUCGACGUCGUUCUCGUCACCAAGAGGGAGGUCAUGGUGGUGGCAAUCAACAAUGUCUCUGGUUUUGUUGAGGUUGACAAGGAUGGUAACUGGUUCACCGAAAAGAAGCGCAAGAAGGAGGUUAUUCCAAACCCGGUACUAGAAGUCAGUAGGAUAGCUGCCAAUCUUCAAUCAUACUUGGAGCAGAGGGGGGCAACACUGCCUAACGGGAUUGUAAACGGAAGAGUUGUACUUCCAAAUCUCAACUGCAAGCCAUCAUACACUAUUAAUCUUCAACCGGAGGUUAUCUCGUCCGAUCAAUGGGAAGAUCUUAAGGCAGACACAAAAGGUGGACUUUCGACAUGGAUUAAAGGUGCAUUUCAUGGAAACAAAAGCGACAUCCAAGAUUCGUUACUCCAAAAUCUGUAUUCUAUUCUCAGCACGUCGCCUAUGUGGGACAGGCUGGAACUCAGAGGGGACAAAAAUGUCCUUGGUGAAUUCAUGGAAUUUAAAGGCAAGCAUGAAGACAUGCCACUCCUGAAAAAAGUGAAGAGAUCAAAAGUUAGCCGAUUUGUCAUCCAGAAAUCAACUCUUUUUGGAGGUUUUGGCAGGUCGCGAGUCCAAAUACUGUAUUCUCCUCGAGAUUACCGAGCUGAGGGCACUUCAUCUUCAGAAUGGAAAGAGAUCUCCGUGAAGCAGUACACCGAGAUUCGUUUCCAGCCGUUGCACUCCAAGAAAGUCCGGAAAUUCAAGCUGUCGAGUGUUGCUUCCGUGACACUGAGCGCCUAG